UGAUUCUCAAAUUUGCUGUUUUUAGAAUCAUAGACAUACUGUAGUUAAGGGGGCUGUUUAGGGGAAAGAAUAUAAAGAAGUCAGAGCUUUGAGCUUCUCCUUAAGUCUGUAGUCUACAUCUUCUUUACAGCCUGGGCACUGAAUAUUGAUAACUGUACAGACCAGCAAAAAGCGUCUACUAAAUCAAUUUAAAAAUGCAGACUGGGGCUUUUGCCUUCCUCAUUUUCUGCCUGAUUGUUUCCCCAGAGUUUCUGAUAUUUUCCAAACCAAAUGGAGUGAAGAGUACCUGGGUGAUUCCACCAAUCAAUAUUCCUGAAAACCAGCGAGGUUCUUUCCCCAAGGCUGUGGCGCAGAUCAAAUCUGAAAAGGCAAAGGAAUCCAUUAUACACUAUGGCAUUACUGGACCAGGUGCUGAUUUACCCCCAGCAGGACUAUUCAAAAUCGACAGAGACAGUGGAUGGUUACUAGUAACUGAACCCCUAGACCGAGAGAAGCAGUCUGAGUAUUUGCUUACUUUACAUGCUGUUUCAAUAAGUGGAACUGUAGCAGAAGAACCUAUGGAGAUUGCAGUAAUUGUGCUGGAUCAAAAUGACAACAGGCCUGAAUUUGUCAGCAAAACCUUUCUAGGAAAAGUGAGGGAAGGAUCAGCACCAGGUGUUACAUUUAUGACUGUAACUGCCACAGAUAAAGAUGAUCCAAAUUCAGACAAUGGCAUUUUUAAAUAUUCAAUUUUAAGUCAAACUCCAUCUUCUCCAAGUCCACACAUGUUUACCAUAAACCAGGAUACUGGAUCCAUUAGUGUGAUUUCUCCAGGUCUGGAUCGAGAGAAAUCAUCUAAAUAUGACCUAAUAGUCCAGGUUGCAGAUAUGAAUGGGGACGGGCUUUCUACAACUGCUACGGCCAUUAUUGAUGUUGUGAGUAAGGAUGAAAAGAUUGAUUUUCCAAUGUCUUCUUUCCCAAAUGGAAUGAAAAACACCUGGGUGAUCCCACCGAUCAACGUCCCUGAAAAUCAGAGAGGUGUUUUCCCCAAGAACCUGGCUCAGAUCAAAUCCAGCAAGUCGAAGGAAUCCAUUAUACACUAUAGCAUAACUGGAUCAGGUGCUGAUUUGCCCCCAGCAGGACUAUUUGAAAUGGAUAAAACCAGUGGAUGGUUACUAUUGACUGAACCUCUGGACCGAGAGAAGCAGUCUGAAUAUGUGCUUACAGUACAUGCAGUUUCAAUUAAUGGAGAUAUAGCAGAAGAUCCUGUGCCCAUGACUAUAACUGUAAUUGAUCAAAAUGACAACAAACCUGAGUUUAUCAGCAAAACCUUUGUAGGAAAAGUGAGAGAAGGAUCAACACCAGGUGUUACAUUUAUGACUGUAACUGCCAUAGAUAAAGACGAUCCGAAUACUGACCAUGCUAAGAUUAAAUAUUCAAUUUUAAGUCAAAUUCCACCAAAUUUACCUGUGUUUGCCAUCAGCCCGGAUACUGGAUCCAUUAGUGUGAUGUCACCAGGUCUGGAUCGAGAGAAAGCAGCUAAAUAUAAAUUAAUAGUCGAGGCUGCUGAUAUGAAUGGGGAAGGACUACGUACACUUACGACUGCCAUUAUCGAUGUUGUGAGUAAGGACGACAAGAUGAUAUCAAAUGCUGAAAAUACUGAUAUCACUACAGACAUUGUACCAAUUGCUGAAAUUUUUGAUAUCACAAAAGCUGCUCCUGCCACCAAUCUGAAAUUUGAACUGUUUCGUAAAGAAGAAACUCCAUCUCAUAUUAAAGUCUGGAAUGUGUUAAGCAAAGAGUAA